UAACUGUUGCUCCUAUCAGUCGUUCUCUGUCGCUCUUGGAUUGCGUGGGCACAUCGGUCGUUCGGCAUUUUGGGUUCGGCAUUUCGGGAUUUGAUAUCGUUAUUCGUGUCGGAUUCGUAUAAACCUGCGUCCGUGUGCGUUAGCCGGCCAUUGAGCACUAUCGCUGCCACUGGCAUUUGGCCCACCGUGUGUGUUUACAAGUGUGGCAUAAUCUUCGAUUAGCGCAACCCAACCGAUCGGAUAUACCCCUUGAAAAUAACAAAUACGAGCGAGGAGUUAAAAAAGCAUCCAAACACACACUGCACACCCCAAAACACACACACAAACACACGUCACAUAAAAAAUAUAAACCAGAGCCCCAGCGGCCGUAAAGUGCCACCAAAACGUACUUGGCCGUAUAUUUUAUGCAUGAAAAGCUAAAGCAAGUGCAACCAAACGCCUGAGUGACACCAAGAAAAAAAUACACAUACAUAUAAGGAAACCCAAAAAAACAAAACCGGGAUUACCGCACACUCAUACGCUCACGCUCAGUAGAAAAAAUACGCGAAGCCAAAGGAAGUCAGCAGCAAAAUCAUGUCACGGAUCGUUUUUAUAUGUCUCGCAGCCAUCUUAACAGAUGCACUCACCUGGGCCCAGGUGAAUGUGGAACCCAACACAGCGCUCCUCAACGAAGGCGAUCGCACCGAGCUGCUCUGCCGCUACGGCAGAUCCAUCAACUACUGCCGCAUCGAGAUUCCCGGCGAGCAGAAGGUCCUCAACCUGUCGCCGGAGUGGAGCAAGACACCCGGAUUCACGUACUUCGGAGCGGGUCUCACGGCCGGACAGUGCGGCGUGAGCAUCGAGAGGGUCAAGGCCAGCAACAAUGGCCAGGUCAAGUGCAGUCUGGGCGUUGAGGGAGAGGAGCUGUCGGGCACCAUCGAUCUGGUUGUGGCACUGCGUCCCCAGCAGCCCAUCAUCGAGCUGCUGUCGCGGCCAAAUCGCGAGGGCUACUUCAACGAGGGCACUGAAUUCAGGGCCCGCUGCAGCGUUCGCGAUGGCCGUCCGCCGGCGAACAUCUCGUGGUACAUCGACAACAUGCCGGCCAACAAGCGCACCACUCCCCUGGAGGUCAUGUCCUCGACCAACGACAACGUGGAGCUAUCGACCUCCGUGCAGGAAAUCCAGUGGCACCUGUCGCCCGAGGACAGCAACCGGAAACUGGUCUGCCGCUCCCACCACCAAACCGAUCGCGAGAGUGUGCCGCCCCAGGAAGCUGCCUACAUCAUCAACGUGCGCUAUGCUCCCGUCCACCAGCCAGAUGCCGCCGUGUAUGGACUCUACCUCGAGCACACUGCCAUUGUGAACAUAACCAUCCGCGCCAGUCCGCAGCCCAAGAUCGAGUGGACCAUCGAUGGAGCGAUUGUGGGGCAGGGACGCACCGAUGGACGCUACUCCGCGUAUGAGCCUCAGUAUCUGGGCAACGAUGAGUACAACGUGACACUGGCCAUUGCCGGACUGACCCUGGAAGAUACCACCAAAAUCUACAAUCUGAGGGCCAGCAAUGAACUGGGACUGACGGACUACCAGGUGCGAAUCAGUUCGUCGAGCAAACCGCCCAGCAGCAGCCUCGAUGUGGCCGCAAUCGUUGGCAUCGUGGUCGCCGUUGCCGUUUUGGUCCUGGUCGUUUUACUGAUUGUGUUUGCACGGGCUACCGGCCGAUGGUGUUUUGGCGGCAAAUCAAUCAAGACGCCCACAAACGAAACUCAAAUCGACAAGCAACUGGAGUUGGGAGCCCAGCAGAAUCACGGUCAAAACGUAGCACUCUUGGAAACCCCCAAUGGCAUAACCUUGUUGGGCGCCAGUAAGCUGAGAGAGGUCAAUGGAAACGGAAAUGGCCAGCAGGAUCGGUUUUCGGUUGAAAGACGCCAUCACGAUGAAGAUGACAGCUUUGAAUACGGAACGGAUCGGGAAAGCAGUGUCUAUAACCCCAUCACGCGACCUCUAAAGAGCAUCCUGAUGAGCCAGGCGGCAGGACGAAACUCCCGGAACUCUGCCACCGAUAAGGAGGAUGGCAACGAGAACGCCGAUCUCCUGCAGAAGGGCAAUCAACUGGGAAUUCCCGAAUCGCGCUUCUCGCGCUGGCUGCCCAAGGAUCAACGUGAGCUGAUCGAAAAGCAGGCUAUGUUGCUUUCGGGAAGGGGCAAGUCGACGGCGCCAGCCACUCCCCCCAAGCCCCAGAGACCACCGAUGGGAACAAAUACCACUGCCACAACGCCGACGACACCGACGACGCCAAAGUUGCCACAGGAAACGGAAAUCUGAGCGUGUGCACGUGUGUGUGCGCGCACAUGGCGUUCAUAUUUAUUUACUUCUUUUUCGGUACAGGAAACGCCCAGCAGGAUUAAGAAUGGAGCAGCCUUGUGACCAUCGGGAACUUUUCGGGGGGCAGCAUAAGUGUCAUAACUUAAAGCUGAUGUGUCAGAGCCAACUCAACCGAUAUAAAUUAAGUUUAGCAGGCAUAGGCCUGGUAUUUAUCCAAUGAGACCACCAUGAUGUUAAAUAGAAUUCUUCUUUUCACAACCGAAAUAUGAAAACCUUUUCCCAUAGUAUAAAUUAUUAUAAUUAUAUACUGGUUUAGGCUGAAAUACUUCAUACCUUAUUUUAUUCGAAAAGUAUUUGAAUUAUAAGCUGACUCCCAGAUGAAAAUUGAAAUAGUUCCGUCGCAAAUCUGUCCCCAUAAUUGACUCUAAGCUUGAAAUUAAGUCAAGAAAGUCUUUUUUCCUGAACGACAACAAACAAACGAAACAUUAACGAAACUGAUUUAUUUGAUAAAGAUUAAGACGGCAUGAAAUUAAGUUUUUAUCGAAUACAUUUAAACGAAAAAGUUUGCAUGGCAAGCAUGAAGCAACAAAUAAUUGUUUUACGCAAAUAUUUAUUGUAGUCACUGUAGAACAAAGUCGUCAAAUGACAUAUUUGUGCAUCAAAACAGUGUUCAUUUAAAACGCGCACAAUGUACUUUAAGAACGAAAAGAAACUUCCACUAAUUUUCGAUCAAUUUAGUUGGCUAAAAUUCGAGUGCCUUAAACUGAAAAUAAAUUUAGUAAUUAAAAACGUGAACGAUAUAAAAUAGUUAGAAAUUUUUAUACGUGUUACUUUCCUUUAUUA